CUUCUCCCGUCUGCGCUAGGUUCUCAGUGCGCACCCCAUCUCCUGGCUCCAGGGCGGCUAGUGUGUGGCGAGAGAUCGGGGAUGGGCCCGGUUCUGGCCUGACCUACUAGGUGACCUUGGUCGAGUCCCCUGUCGCGCCGAGCCGCGGCGCCCGUCUGUGGCGCGGGCCUGUUAGGGACCCAUCCCCCGAGCGGUUGAGGACACAGACCUAGAGUAGCCCCACAGCCUGCCCCAGGGCAGGGGGAGCGCCGGGCCGCCGGGGGCGGUGGGGGAAGCUCGGUCGGGGCGGGGAGAUGCCCCUACAUGUGAAAUGGCCGUUCCCCGCGGUGCCGCCGCUCACCUGGACCCUGGCCAGCAGCGUCGUCAUGGGCUUGGUGGGCACCUACAGCUGCUUCUGGACCAAGUACAUGAACCACCUCACCGUGCACAACAAGGAGGUUCUGUACGAGCUCAUCGAGAACCGAGGCCCAGCCACACCCCUCAUCACGGUGUCCAAUCACCAGUCCUGCAUGGAUGACCCUCACCUCUGGGGGAUCCUGAAACUCCGCCACAUCUGGAACCUGAAGUUGAUGCGUUGGACCCCCGCGGCCGCAGACAUCUGCUUCACCAAGGAGCUGCAUUCCCACUUCUUCAGCUUGGGCAAGUGCGUGCCCGUGUGCCGAGGAGAUGGCGUCUACCAGAAGGGAAUGGAUUUCAUUUUGGAGAAGCUCAACCACGGGGACUGGGUGCACAUCUUCCCAGAAGGGAAAGUGAACAUGAGCUCCGAGUUCCUGCGCUUCAAGUGGGGAAUCGGACGCCUGAUCGCCGAAUGUCAUCUCAAUCCUGUCAUUCUGCCGCUGUGGCAUGUCGGAAUGAACGACGUCCUUCCUAACAGCCCGCCCUACUUCCCCCGCUUUGGACAGAGGUUAGAGUGGACCCGAGGGAGUACUCAGCAAGGUGGGGACAGGACUUGGCCUCUGGCUCCCCAGGGUGCUGGGGCUGUGGGCACCCCCCGCUCCUGUCGCCCACAGAAAAUCACCGUGCUGAUUGGGAAGCCCUUCAGUGCCCUGCCUGUGCUCGAGCGGCUCCGGGCAGAGAACAAGUCAGCUGUGAGUUUCUCCCCCAGGCCAUCCCAGAGCUGUCCUAGCCCAUCCCAGUGCCCUUGGCCUCCCAGGGACCCUGGGCGAAGCUCCCUGAGGGCUGCAGGCCAGCCCCAGUCCUUCCCCUCAGGUGGAGAUUCGCAAAGCCCUGACAGACUUCAUCCAGGAGGAAUUCCAGCACCUGAAGAGCCAGGCCGAGCAGCUCCACAACCACCUGCAGGCCGGGAGAUAGGCGCCACCCUGCCCAGACCCCGCCCAGAUCCUGCCCUGGCUUUCCUCUUGGACUGGGGCGGGGACAGGGAGGGGCGGCGAGGCCUGGGACAGAGGCAGCUCUGGGACCCGAGUCCCAGCUGCCGGGAGAUCGGUGCUGCCUUGGGUUCUGGCCCUGCACAGAGCUGGGCUGGGAGAUGGACUGAUGCUUUGAGCUCAGAUACGGUUUUUUAGACAGAUUUGUUCAGAACCCUUAACGGGUGCCCUCUCCUAGUUGGUGUGCGUUCCAGCUCCUCUGUGGUUCUUCAGCUGAAAGAAGGGUCUCAGCUGCUCCUCCCACUUGGCCACGCAGGGAGGAAGACAUUUAGGCAGCGGCCUCCUUCCUUCUUGCCUUCAAGGUGUUCUCUCCCAGGGCCGGGCACUGGAGGGAGGGUAGUUGAAGCGGGGCAGUGGCCAGGCCUGGCUUCUACCCGCCUGCCCUGAUCCAGGAGCUGCUCACCACUUCCUCAGGGAUGGCCGUCAGCCACGUCUUCCUUCUGCACGUGCUCCCCACAGGCGUGGGCCCCUCGGGCAGGGCCCGCCCUGGGCUGCAGGUAGAAGAAGUGGAGCCCAGCCAAAUGGAGCCUGCAGCGAGGGCCCAAGACGCGGCCCCUGCCCUCACGCUGGGGCCUCCCUGGCAGCACCUGAACCCCUGGCGCCUGCGUUUUCAUGUUUUAUAAACAAUAAAGCAUCUGUGUUGUGCUCUUUUA